AUCGCCGCUGCCUGGGAGAGGUGAGUUGGGUGCCCUGUUAGGGCAACAGACGGCCCCCGUCCCCGUGGGCCGGGAUCAUGAAAGGCCUCGGCGACAGCCGCCCCCGCCACCUCUCCGACAGCCUGGACCCCCCGCACGAGCCCCUGUUUGCAGGGCCUGACCGCAACCCCUACCUGCUGUCACCCACCGAGGCCUUCGCCCGCGAGGCCCGCUUCCCGGGGCCUGGCGCGCUGCCUGGAGACGGCCUCUUCCCCCUCAACAACCAGCUGCCGCCCCCCAGCAGCACCUUCCCACGCAUCCACUACAACUCCCACUUUGAGGUGCCUGAGGAGAGCCCCUUCCCCAGCCACGCCCAGGCCACCAAGAUCAACCGGCUGCCAGCCAACCUCCUGGACCAAUUUGAGAAGCAGCUGCCCAUCCAUCGGGAUGGCUUCAGCACCCUCCAGUUCCCCCGUGGCGAGGCCAAGGCCCGUGGCGAGAGCCCCGGCCGCAUCCGGCACCUGGUGCACUCGGUCCAGCGGCUCUUCUUUACCAAGGCACCCUCACUGGAGGGCACGGCUGGAAAGAUCGGCGGCAAUGGCGGCAAGAAAGGUGGCCUGGAGGACGGCAAGGGCCGCAGGGCCAAGAGCAAGGAGCGGGCCAAGGCCACGGAGCCCAAGCGGCGCAGCCGCUCUAACAUCUCAGGCUGGUGGAGCUCCGACGACAACCUGGACGGGGAGACAGGCGCCUUCCGCAGCGGCCCGGCCUCUGGGCUGAUGACGCUGGGCCGGCAGCAGGAGCGCAGCCAGCCGCGCUACUUCAUGCACGCCUACAACACCAUCAGCGGGCACAUGCUCAAGUCCACCAAGAACACCGCCAGUGAGCUCACCGCACCCCCACCCCCACCCGCACCCCCGGCCGCCUGCCCCAGCCUUGGGGUGGGCACCGACACCAACUACGUCAAACGGGGCUCCUGGUCUACUCUGACCCUCAGCCAUGCCCACGAGGUCUGCCAAAAGACCUCAGCCACCUUGGACAAAAGCCUGCUGAAGUCCAAGUCCUGCCAUCAAGGUCUAGCCUACCAUUACCUUCAGGUGCCCGGCGGAGGCGAGUGGAGCACCGCGCUGCUGUCCCCGCGCGAGGCGGACUCCGCGGCCGAGGGGCCCAUCCCGUGCCGGCGCAUGCGCAGCGGCAGCUACAUCAAAGCCAUGGGCGACGAGGACAGCGACGAGUCGGCCGGCAGCCCCAAGCCCUCACCCAAGACCGCGGCGCGGCGCCAGAGCUACCUGCGGGCCACGCAGCAGUCGCUGGGAGAGCAGAGCAACCCCCGCAGGAGUCUGGACCGACUGGACUCGGUGGACAUGCUGCUGCCUUCCAAGUGUCCCAGCUGGGAAGAGGAUUACAACCCCAUCAGCGACAGCCUCAAUGACUCUAGCUGCCUCAGCCAGAUGUUUGGACAGGCCUCCCUGCUCCCCCAGUUGUUUGGCCAUGAGCAGCAGGUGCGGGAGGCAGAUCUGAGCGACCAGUACGAGGCAGCCUGCGAGUCAGCCUGCAGCGAGGCGGAAUCGGCAGCAGCUGAGGCACUCGACUUGCCGCUGCCCAGCUACUUCCGCUCCCGCAGCCACAGCUACCUGCGGGCGAUCCAGGCGGGCUGCUCGCAGGAGGAGGACAGUGUGUCCCUGCAGUCCCUCUCCCCACCGCCCAGUACGGGCAGCCUCAGCAACAGCCGCACGCUUCCAAGUUCAUCAUGCCUAGUGGCGUAUAAGAAGACCCCGCCACCUGUCCCUCCACGUACCACAUCAAAGCCCUUCAUCUCCGUCACAGUCCAGAGCAGCACCGAGUCCGCCCAGGACACCUAUCUGGACAGCCAGGACCACAAAAGUGAGGUGACAAGCCAGUCGGGCCUGAGCAAUUCCUCGGACAGCCUGGACAGCAGUACUCGACCGCCCAGCGUGACGCGGGGUGGAGUCACCUCAGCCCCUGAGGCCCCAGAGCCACCCCUAAAACAUGCAGCUCUGAAGAGUGGUGAACAAGGGACGCUGACCAGUUCUGAGGCCCACCCUGAGGCCAUCCCCAAACGGAAACUGUCAUCGAUAGGAAUACAAGAGAGAACUAGAAGGAACGGUUCCCACCUCUCGGAGGACAACGGACACAAAGCGAUCGAUGUGAUGGCACCCUCCUCCGAAAGCAGCGCCCCCUCUCACAGUAUGUCCUCCCGACGGGACACUGACUCAGACACCCAGGAUGCCAAUGACUCGAGCUGUAAGUCAUCAGAGAAGAGCCUCCCGGACUGUACCCCGCACCCCAACUCCGUCAGUAUUGAUGCUGGCCCCCGGCAGGCCCCCAAGAUUGCCCAGAUCAAGCGCAACCUCUCCUAUGGAGACAACAGUGACCCUGCCCUGGAAGCGUCUUCGCUGCCCCCACCAGACCCCUGGCUGGAGACCUCCUCCAGCUCGCCAGCAGAGCCAGCCCAGCCAGGGGCCUGCCGCCGGGAUGGCUACUGGUUCUUGAAGCUGCUUCAGGCAGAAACAGAGCGCCUGGAAGGCUGGUGCUGCCAGAUGGACAAGGAGACCAAAGAGAACAACCUCUCUGAAGAAGUCUUAGGGAAAGUCCUCAGCGCGGUGGGCAGCGCCCAGUUGCUGAUGUCGCAGAAGUUCCAGCAGUUCCGGGGCCUCUGUGAGCAGAACUUGAACCCGGACGCCAACCCACGGCCGACAGCCCAGGACCUGGCCGGGUUCUGGGACCUGCUGCAGCUGUCCAUCGAGGACAUCAGCAUGAAGUUCGAUGAGCUCUACCACCUCAAGGCCAACAGCUGGCAGCUGGUGGAGACCCCCGAGAAGAGGAAGGAAGAGAAGAAACCACCCCCUCCCGUCCCAAAGAAGCCUGCCAAAUCCCGGCCGGCCGUGAGCCGCGACAAGGGCUCCGACGCGAGCGACAAGCAGCGUCAGGAGGCCCGCAAGAGACUGCUGGCAGCCAAGCGGGCAGCGUCCGUGCGGCAGAACUCGGCCACAGAGAGCGCAGACAGCAUCGAGAUCUACGUCCCCGAGGCCCAGACCCGUCUCUGAGGCCGGGAGGGAGACCAGUGCAGACCAUUAAACUCAUGCGAACGCGAGUGGAACAAAGCCUCCUCAGCCUUCAGUGUGGUUUCCUCGCCAGAGACCCUAGGCCAAAACUGACACAUCCAAGGGCUCACAAUUUGGCUUUUUCGGGUCCCUCCCAGCUUUAGGUUCUCAAGACUUCAAAGAAAUGCCAACAGCGAUCACAAAACUAAAAACUCCUUUUUCCCUCUUGCUGGCCGUGGCGGAGGAGUUGGAUGGACGUUGGCAGUGCCCCGGCCUCGGCCCUUUGACUUGCUGUCUCCAACAAGAGCUGCGACUCGCUUGUUUACAAGAAGACCAUGGCCCGAGGGUGGCUUGGGCACCUGCCACGUCCUUCCCCUUCCUGGAUGCCCCUACCCUGACCUUGGAGUUUUCUCUUCCAUUUUUCUUUUCCCUUCUUCAAAGCUCACACAGGAGUCACCUUGUGGCUAGCGGCCUGGUGGUUCUCAGCCCGUUUGGUGGUUGAGGGCCCAGAGGUCAGAGAUGGACACGCACCCUGCCCUGCCCCUAAGCACUCACACACGCACGCAGAUGCAGCUGCUCCUCCAGGUGCCACGCACCAGCCCUCUGCAGCGUCCAGCAGAGUGGGACUUCCGUCCAAGUGGACCAGGAGGGCUGUGGCCCUGGGGGACCCAGAGGCGGCCCCCGUCACCACAUGCCAGGCUCUCGCCUCUUCCUUCUCUCCGAUCCUGCUCCUUCAGCAAAUUGAGGACUCAGCGUGGUGGACCCCGUUUUCCAGGGGUCGCCUGGUCUGGGCCGUGCCGUGUCUGUACCUACCUGUACAUAUGCACAUAGACCCUAGAGUGUAUAUUAACGCCCAUCUGCCCACCCAUGCCCACCAGCGCCACCACCGCCGGCUCUCGGGCACCUGGCAGGAGGCGGGGGUGUGAAUAGCAUAUAUUUUUACAUGUACUAUAUCUAGGUAUGUGUACAAGUGUGUGUAAAAAUAUAUACCUUGUGUGUAAGCAGCCCCUUUCUUUUGGUCUCCCACCCUGCCCCAGCCUCUGACCUUUCUGUUCUGUUCUGCUUUUCCACCCUGAUCCUCCUCUCGCCUGCCCUCCGUUCCCAGACCUGAAGUGUCACAAGCCCCGAGCUGCCAAGGCCUGGGUCUGAGGGCAGGGUGGGGCAGGCAAGGCCAGAGCCAGGCCCAGCAGCGAGUGCAGCACACGAAGGGCAGCUCAGCACCAGGCGUGCAACUGCGGCAUGGGGGGGCUCCCCCUGAUGAGCCCAGGCUCCAUUCUGGGGCCCCUCUCCAGCUUGGCCACCGUCCAUGACCUUGGGCAAGUCACUUUGACCUCUGUGUGCCUCAACUUCCUCCUCUGUAACAUGGGGACAGACCCUGCCCCUCCCUACCUCACAGGCAUGUUGUGAGAAUAAAUGAGGUAACGUGGA